CCAGGCUCUUUCGCACUUAUUGAUACUGUAGUACCAGUUCUCGCUACAAGACGAAAUUAGAUCCUUUUCCAUUACUAUCAAAGUCCUUUUGAUGGGUCUAUUAACAGCCAAAGAGAAUUAGUGAACAAGGAAUAAAUAUUGGGGUCGAAGCCGCGCUUCACACGAUGACAAACUUCGUAACAGCCUUUCAGCCACCCGUCAUGCACCACGUGCUUUGGCUGUCUUCGUCUCUGUUUCCACCCUCGCAGUUGUUCAGGUCAUGGCGGACGCUUUCUGUUCGCCCACUUCCUCAGGACAGUGUACAUUGUCUAUCAUCGGAACAUAUAGUUCCGCUGCUGAAACUACCUAUCCUCAUUCCUUCUGGAAGAACGCCGAGGUCCAUGAUAGUAGCUGCAAGGUCAUCGGCCAGAUGGUGAAGAAUGCACCUGUCUUCGAAUAUCUCAGCUCCCUCGGUCCCUUUUCCAUCGACAGCACCCUUCCCUGGACUACGGAUAUUACACAUCUUAGUGAAAGUGGAGAUUACAACGCCAUAGGCAUGAAAUACGGCGGGUAUAAUUUUACUGGCUCCUUCGACUGCCAGCUGAUCCAAGAUGUGCUGAUACCCAACCCAAAUAACCAGGAUAAUGUGUGCAAACACGUCUUCCCAUGCGACUAGGAUAUUUAUAAUUACAGUAAGCCGAAGGGAAAGAAUGGCAGACAGUUUCCUGUCACAUGAGGAGGACCUUAAAUUGAAUACAAAGUAGUCGCUUACCGAUAUGCGCGUAGGCACUUAUACGUGAAUAUUGUAGUACUUGAGGUACGAUGUCACGUAUAAGGUGUAAGAGCCUGGAAGGCAAGAGUGGCUACCAGUCUUCCACUAUCGAAUCAUGUUCCUUAUUCCUUAUGUGAUGGAGGAAUAAAAAAGUAAUAUAGGGCCUUUGGACAGAAUAGUUCGUUAAACCAAGGCCCUCACUGGCUGGGAUUUUUUUGUAGAUCAUAUUAGGAGCAUGACUGGUGCAGGAACCACAGAGGUUGCAGUACUUGCUGGAAGCUGGCAUAGCUAGUCGUAUUGACAAUAUCUUAC